CGUUUGUUUACGUUUGGAAAGGACGCGUAAACAACCGCGAAUCGUUUGCAGAGGAAAGCAGUUGCCGGAUUGCAAUUCGGCUGAGAAGAAAAAAGAAUGGAACAAACACGUGCGUUGAGUGUGGAAAGAGUGGCCGCAAAACUGCCGGACGUUUGCCGUGUUUGUCUGCUGGACGAAUCCGACGGGCAGACGGAACUGUACACCAUCGACGAUGUGUACGUGCAGCCAAACAGUGUGGAGCAUAUGAACUGUUUCCGAGAUAUUUUAUCCAUUUUUAUUAAUGAUGAGCUCGAAUCGUGCAACGAAUCGCUGCUGCCCAAGCACAUCUGCACCAAGUGUGUGACUCGGGCACAGGAAGCGUACCAGUUCAUCGAGCAGUGCCAGCGGGCCGACAAACUUCUGGAGCAAUGCUUUGAAAGCCUUCACAGUAAAACGAAAACCAAUGCCACCGUAGCAUCCCCCGCGAAAAGUCCCACAGCCGAGGGCGCAGUGAUUAAGCUGGAAAUAGCGAAUGCCCGCCCGGCCUGUGACGACGCGGAGGACAGCAAUGCGGAGGAAAUGGAGCAAACCGUCAGCCAGCCACUGAUGAUACAGAAAGGCAAACGGUGGUACUGUGACAAGUGCAGCAAGAGCUUCAGCCAGCCGCAAACGCUGCGCCGGCACUACCGGAUACACGACGAAACGGGCAGCAGUAAGAUAGCGUGCCCGCAGUGUGACCGGCAGUUUUUGCGCUCGGACGAUCUGACGCGCCACAUACGGACGCACACCGGGGAGCGGCCGUACCGGUGCAAGCUGUGCCCGAAGAAGUACAAGCAGGGCUCGGAGCUGAAGGAACACAUGCUAACGCACAGCCAGGAGAAGCAGUUCCGGUGCGAGGAGUGCAACAAACAGCUUGCCUCGCGCAAUGGCCUGUACGUGCACAUGAAGCUACACCGGGGAGAAAAGCCGCACGCCUGUCCGCAUUGCGACAAACGGUUUACCACGUCGAGCGAGCGCAUCUCGCACGUGCGGCACAUACACACGCCACGGAAAUGAAUCGCUCUCAAAGCCCGUCAUUACGAACAACUUUGUUUUGAAAUAAAUUUAACGUUCCUAGGUUUGUUAAA